GUUGAUAAAGAUGCAUUGGAUAUCCAGGUCAAGGAGAGGAAAAUUCAAGAAGCAGCUGAAAAAGCACGAAAUGAAGAACUUGCUAAUGAAAUGAAGCAAAAUGACAAGAUCAUGUGUAUGUUAGAAGAACGACAUAAAAAUGAUAUCAGAAACAUAAAUAAGGCAGUCAGUGAGUUUCAGAAGAAUUUUCAGAAGCCAGAAAUGAGGCGUGAAUUUGACCUGUAUGAUCCACAAGCCCUAAAGAAGGACAAACCUGCUCGAGUUUCAGACGAUGAUCCUCGAUGUACUGUAUCAGGCUUGCAGAAGUUUUUGGGUGAAGAUUUAAACUAUGAUCAGAGGAUGAAAUUUCAAAAGGAGCAGUUAAGAGAGUGGUCUCUUCAGCAACAGAAAGACUUGAAGAAUGCAUUAGCUGAUCAAAAAUUUGCAG